UCUAAACCCAUAUCCGGUGGGGAAGCGGUCCAAGUUUUUGGAAAAAUCGAAGGGAGAUAUUUGGUGAGCUUGUGGAAAUAACAUCCAAAACCGAGUUAGUGUCAAAGGGCUCGCCAAUAAUUUGCGGAUUCUUUUUAGAGGCCAGAGUUCGCCAGUUCACCAGGUCGUAGCGGAGCAGUAGUGCGUCUUCAAUCGUGAUGGCGUCGGGCAGUACGAGCAGCGAGGAGGAGAGGAGUCUGAGGGAGUGUGAGCUGUACGUGCAGAAACACAACAUCCAGCAGCUGCUGAAGGACUGCAUCGUCCAGCUGUGUACCUCUAGGCCUGACAGACCCAUGGCCUUCCUCAGAGAGUACUUCGAGAGGCUGGAGAAGGAGGAGGCCAAGCAAAUCCUGAACCAGCAGAAGGCCAGCAGCCGUUCUGACUCCCGGGAUGAGGAGGUGUCUCCUCCCAUGAACCCUGUUGUCAAGGGUCGCCGGCGGAGAGGAGCCAUCAGUGCUGAGGUCUACACAGAGGAGGAUGCUGCAUCCUAUGUCCGAAAGUUCAUUCCUAAAGACUACAAAACAAUGGCUGCCCUAGCUAAAGCUAUCAAAAGGAAUGUGCUUUUCUCUCACUUGGAUGACAACGAGAGGAGCGACAUCUUUGACGCCAUGUUUUCAGUUACCUACAUCACUGGAGAGACUGUUAUUAUGCAAGGUGAUGAGGGAGAUAAUUUCUACGUCAUCGACCAAGGAGAGACGGAUGUGUAUGUGAACAACGAGUGGGUGACCAGUAUCGGGGAGGGGGGCAGCUUCGGAGAGUUGGCCCUGAUCUACGGGACCCCCAGGGCUGCCACCGUCCGAGCCAAGAGCAACGUCAAACUGUGGGGCAUCGACAGAGACAGCUACAGGAGGAUACUCAUGGGAAGCACUUUGAGGAAGAGAAAGAUGUACGAGGAGUUCCUCAGCAAAGUUUCCAUCUUAGAGUCUCUGGACAAAUGGGAGCGUCUGACGGUGGCUGAUUCUCUGGAGCCGGUGCAGUUUGAUGACGGACAGAAGAUCGUGGUGCAGGGAGAGCCUGGCGACGAGUUCUUUAUCAUACUGGAGGGUUCUGCAGCUGUGUUGCAGCGUCGCUCUGAGAACGAGGAGUUUGUGGAGGUUGGGAGAUUACAACCGUCUGACUACUUUGGUGAGAUUGCCCUGCUGAUGAACCGUCCCCGUGCUGCCACUGUGGUCGCCCGCGGUCCUCUGAAGUGUGUGAAGCUGGACCGACCACGGUUCGAACGCGUCCUAGGGCCCUGCUCGGACAUUCUCAAACGCAACAUCCAACAGUACAACAGCUUCGUGUCACUGUCUGUCUGAGGGGUUUCCCCACCCCCUGUACCCCCUAAUCCCCCCUGUAACCCCAUAACCCCUCCCCCCCUUCUUUUAGACCCAGGGUCCACCAAUGCAAUUUUGCUUCAAUGUCAAUUAAUUUGAUCUUCCGUUUGCUUUAGCUUUUUUUUUGAGCUUUUAUGCUUUCACUGCAUUCACUGAAAUAUAUAUUUUUUUUAUUUAUUUUUUUUACUCUAAUUUAAACAUGAACGGUGAUUAGUGAGGGAUUGGCCGAGGUUAGGACAGGCCAAUGAUAAGAUGGGACAAUCAAACAUGGUGAAGUAAGGAUCCAUGAUGAUUAUUAUGCAGAUAUUUUGGUUCCAUAUAAAGUGUCAAGUUUGGCAUUCUCACAAAAUUAUCAAAUUUUUCCUUUCAGAGUGAAAAGAAUGCUGGAAGCGUAAGGAUUCCAUCUAAUUUUCAUGUUAUGAUCUCCUGUUUAUCCUCCAUUGCUCAAAUUGAUUUUUACAUUUCUCAUAUUGUUUCCAUUGAUUGUUCCAUCAAUCUAAUUCACUAUUGUUUUAUCUAGUUUGAGAGCGUUUGUACAACUUAAUGCAACCAGAAGGUUUUCUGUUGUACAGCUAUCAAACUAGUGCCAAAUGUUGAUAAUUCUUUUCACAACUCGGAACCCAUAGAAGAUUCUUAUUCUAUAGUCCGAAACAGUGGAACUCUAAACAGGAAGUAUCUAUCACCAUGUUAACACUCACCUCUGAUUGGUUGGUACAUUAUUGGCUACAAUGAGGGGAAAACAUGGAGUAUUAGUGUAUUUCAGUAUUCAUAAUUUUUCAGUAUACACCAAAUAAUUUCAGCACUAUAAUUCUUUAAAUAGAAUUAUGAUAUAGUUAUUCAAUUAUUAUUAAAGGUAUUAUUAUCUUUAUUGGCUGAACAAACUAAUGUUACGCUAUGGUUUGGAGUGAUGGUAAUCUUAAGUACGUUUUAAAUGUCUUUUUGUAAAUGCUUAUUUUUCCAUAAAUUCUAUUUUAGGUGUUCAGUGCCACAGCGUAAAUAAAUGCUUCUUGUCAACUGACAAAACAGUAUGUAGUUGUAUUGUGAAAAAUGUAAUGGGUUAACCUUUUAAAAGUAGGCGAAAGGGCUUUAAAAUAAUUAGCAUUUUAAGUCUCCAAAUUUGUAGAUUGUUUUAUGGGUUUAAGACUUAUUUAUUUAUUUAUUUGAGCGGUGAAGUUAAAAAAGCAAAAGAAUCCCAGUGACUGGUGACUCAGACUAAAUUCAGAUUAAAUUGUCUUGCGUUUUAAGAUUAUAUAUUUAUUUUAAAGCGGCUUCGCUGUUAAAGCUUUGUGAGAAUUAUUUGAAUGUGUUUUUGAAACAAUCUGUGAUCUACUUUAUGCUUACCUACAGCAUAAUGUAAAGUGAUGAGAUGGUGUGAAUGAAAGAGUAUUCCCAAACUGGUAUUCCCUGUGUUGGUCAAACAGUUUCACCCCUUGAAUCUUAACAAUGCAAUGUCAUUCUGACAAAUGUAUUUAGCAUUUUUUCCCCUAUUAACUCCUGCAGAAAUCUAUAGUCUCAAGGUUGUAUUCCUUUGCACUCCUGCCUCACAGCUUGCCCCUCACCCCCUUUUUACAGAAAGUACCCUUACAUACCGUAAUGCUAUUAUCCCUUUCUGAGGUGUUCUCCUUGUUUAGGCUCUCAAUCUUGUGUACAAAACAGUAUGGCUGAUUGGAUGGAUGGAUGGAUUGACUUGUGUAACCGUUUGUUUAUAUGUCCAAACCAAUCAACAUGAUCCUGAGUCGAUUGCAGUGUUGCCUACUUGGUCCAAAACUUUUGUAGUGCUUUCAGAUUCAGUUGAUGUUAUGGAAUUUUGCAGUUGUCUAUUUGCUGACAGUUCAAACUCCCACCAAUGAUUUGCUUGUGUUUCUUCUGUCACAUAGCAAUCACAUAGAAGUACUGAUGUGGUAAAACACAUCACCACAAGAUUACUACUAACUAGUAGGCACACUGCAAUUGACCCAGUUUGCCUUAGCUUAUGUAACCUGGGCGUAGGCACUCCUGCUAGCCCGACCUUCAGCAAGUUUGCGCGGCCUGCAGCAGGCUCUGAGAGCUGCAGGUCAUCUGAGGACCAUUCUUUUUAUAUUCUACCCAAUGACUGUACUCGGUUUGACUUCCUGUAUGUGCAAAGACAUUUAUCCUUUUGGUAUAGAUUGUUCCAGAUGGCAGUUUAAGCAAUAAAAGGAAAAAUCACCGAC